AUGAAUAAGAAUGACAGAUUCAAACCCUCCUACAAAUCGGAUGAUAUGGAGACCCAAACGUUCCUGGACCGGGUGGAGGACUUGACUGAUCUAGAGCUUGCCAUUCUCCUCAGUCUCAUAGCUCAGCAUCAUUGCCUCAUUGAAGCGCAGGAUGACUAUUUGGACGAUGUGGCUUCAGAACUUGCCUUGGUGUGGGCUCCCCCUCAAACGCAAACUAAGCCAGUGCUCACGCCACUCCAGAUCGUGAGAGACAUAUUCAAACUCUCAUACAUCAUCCUUGAUCGAGAAGACCUGCAAUCUGUUGACAGAUUUGGCGACGCCAUCCUAGACGACAACUGCGAGUUUGGAGAUGACCUAAGUGAACAUGACAACGAUGCCGAUGAUGCCAGCGUUCUUCAUUCCACAGUGACGUUCCGGACGGCACCAUCGAGCCACACAGAGCCAUCAAAGUUGGACAGCAGAAGAGUGGUGAACGUAGUCAUUGCGAAGGAAUUCAACUACGCUCAUGAGGACGUGCAGAUUCAAGUUCUCGAGCUCAUUCGAAAGCGGAGAAUAUAUAGCCGAACGACUGUUCAUCUGGCACCAAAAGUAUUCCUCUUUCUUCCCAUUGUCACGACCUCUUCAAAGCAUGUUAGGCUCAACAGACAUCUUAAUGACCGGAUCUUCAUGUCCCAUUCGCACAGCCCAGAUGACGGCUUUCCCAAUCUCGAAGAACUUGCGUAUGCCGACAAGUCCGACGAUGACGACUCUGCGGAUUCAUAUUCUCCAUCUCCCAAUAUGAGACGCCAGACCAUAAUUGCGAGUCGUCGAAUCGAUAAAAAGUUGAUCGAACAACUUCGCCGUCAAGGCCAAGCAACAACCAUCACUCCCGAGAUUCGAAGAUAUCUCCAAGAUGUCGUUGCAUUUCUGCGAAUGGAAAGAGGUGUUGACGGUGGCGUCACCCCGUAUGCGACGACGUUAUUUCUCACUCUGGCAAAAUAUCUCGCACCAUUCCAGGGAAUAGACUAUGUGACGCCCUCCUUGGUUGCGUUGGCCGCGAACAAGAUAUACCCACAUCGGAUCAUCAUAGCCACUCCAGAUCGGGAGCGCAGUGCCCAGUACGGGACUGAUCUAGCUUCGGCGCAAGAUCUGGUACAAGAUCUGGAUCCACACAAGGUGAUCCAGAAUGUGCUUGAGACUGUGGAGUGCCCAAUAUGA